CCGCGUGUGAGAAAGACGCGCGCGGCGGAGCUCAUUUAUUAAAAAAAAAAAAAUAAAGUUCCUUCGCGACUCAAACGUUAUAAGUCAGAAGGAAGAUAUUUUUUUUAAAGUUUUGCAGUGGUUAUUGGCAAAAGUUUUAUUCAAUUGAAGUGUCAUUUUGUUUCUUGUUUUUGUUUUUUUUUUUUAAAUUUACCGAUGAAGGGUCAGAGCAAGAGGUUCGUGAGCCACAAGGGGAAGGCUUAUGAUAUGGGUGUGAAAAAAGACGACAGCAUAGGAUUUUUCGAUUUGUGGCGAUAUUCAACAUGGGGGGAAGUCACGGCCACGGUAAUAGGAGCUCUUCUUGGAGGAGUUUGUUCUGGUGGUCUGGUGGCAGCUGUGUUGAUAUACGGGGAGCUCACGGCGCUUUUCAUACAACGUCACAAUGCCGAAGAACCGCCAGCCAAGGAUCUUAUACUACAUAUGUUUGGUGGUGGGCAGAGGCUAGACGACGGUAACAGGACCCUGCAUAUGGACGCCCUUGUGGAUGACUCAGUAGCCUUCGCCCUCGCCAGUGUCGCGAUCAUGAUGUGCCAGUUGUUAGCAGCAGCUAGUGCCGUCACACUUGCUAACUGGGCUGCUUCUAGAAUGAUAACUAGAUUAAGAUGGAAACUGUUACGGUCUGUGCUUAGUCAAGAAACAGCAUUCUUCGAUACAAACACGACGAUGAACUUCGCAACGGCGCUCACAGAAGAUGUAGACAAAUUAAAAAUGGGCGUCGGUGAGCACGUGUCUAUGGCUGCGUAUCUGGCUGGCAGUGUUAUCAUGGCUUCUACCGUGGCAUUGGUUCAUGGGUGGCAACUUACACUAGCAGGUUUGGCAGUAGUACCAGUCGCAUUGUUCGUCGCCGCCACAGUUGCUAAGAAUCAAACUCGCUGCUCUUCAGAAGAAGUUGUGGCAUAUGGAACAGCAGGACGGAUAGUUGAGCAAGCUCUUUCCGCCAUAAGGACUGUCAGAGCGUACUCUGGAGAACACGUGGAAGUUACAAAAUACUCAGAAGCUUUGAACGGUGCAAAUUCAGCGGCUCGCAAGCGCUGCGCGUGGUCCGGCGCCGGCGCUGGCUUGGGCUGGCUGUUGACUUACACCUUAAACGCUGUUGUGUUCGCUUACGGUGCCAGCCUUUGCGUGCAUGACAUGCCAUUAGACGUCGAUGACAGGACGUACCAUCCCGGAGUCCUAGUGACGGUCUUAUUCUGCACAUUCAUGGCUGCUCAAAAUAUUGCGAUGUGUAAUCCACAUUUGGAAACAUUUUCCACGGCGAGAGGAGCGGCGAAAUCGCUGUUCAAAUUAUUGGAGCGACAGUCGAAUAUUAAUGCCCUAAAGGACACGGGCACCAAACCGGAGAGGUUUAAGGGAGACAUUAUCUUCGAGAACUUGUAUUUUAAUUAUCCAUCAAGAUCCGAUGUAAAGGUUCUACGUGGACUUUCUCUGAAAGUUAAAGCGGGCGAAACGGUCGCGCUCGUUGGCGGAUCCGGAUGUGGAAAAUCGACUUUGUUGCAAUUACUACAGCGUGCUUAUGAACCGGACAGCGGUUGCAUAUCCGUUGACGGGCAGAAGCUGAACACAUUACACUUACACCACUACCGACGAAGCAUUGGUGUCGUUGGUCAAGAACCGGUGCUCUUUAGCGGAACCAUCAGAGAGAAUAUAAUGUUGGGAGUUGAAGAUGCAAGCGAGGAGAGCAUGAUCGAGGCCGCCAAAACUGCACAGGCGCAUAACUUCAUAGUGAAACUGGCAAAUGGUUAUGACACGAUACUCGGCGAAAAAGGAGCUCAGCUCUCUGGGGGUCAGAAGCAGCGGGUGGCGAUAGCUCGAGCAUUAUUAAGGAAACCUGCCUUGCUUUUACUCGACGAACCGACCUCGGCCUUGGAUCCAACUGCUGAACGACAGGUACAAGCAGCAUUAGAUGCCGCUAGCAAAGGAAGGACAACAUUAGUUGUGUCUCACAGACUGUCAACGAUCGUGAAUGCAUCGCGGAUUGUGUAUAUCGAACAGGGGGCAGUGCUAGAACAAGGUACUCACUUGGAGCUGCUGGAUAAGAAAGGCGCCUAUUGGCAGCUACUGCAAGACGACAUGACACACAGGAGUAUAGCUGCAUCGUUACCCGAGUCUACGGACGAGGAUGAACACGGUGAAGUUGUCAAAGUAGAAUCUGAACGGAAACGGAGUAUCGUCCGACGAAACAGCAGCGUUUGCUCCAUAGCCCAUAGAGAAUCCUUCAGAAGAGAUAGCUUCGUCCGAAGCAGUUUUCGUCUAGGUUCCAUGGCAACUCAAGCUGUGCCUGCACCAAACGUAAUAAUGGAACAGGAGGAAGACGCCAAGGAUGAGAAAGAGAUUAAUGUAUCAACUUGGCAACUCCUGAAGCUGAACAGUAAGGAGUGGCCGCUUUUAGCCGGUGGAGGGCUGGCGUCUCUGUUGAUCGGAGCCACAAUGCCAAUCUUUGCGUUGCUUUUCUCUAAACUUUAUGGGAUGUUCUCGUGGCCAGACCCUGAUGAAAUUCUACGUCAGUCACAAUUCUACGCGGGCAUGUUCGCCUGUGCUGCGGCUGUGAGUGGUCUCGUGACCUUCCUCCAAGCUUGGCUUUUUGGCCUUGCGGGUGCUAAGCUCACAGAUCGAUUGAGAGUCAUGACGUUCGAAAAUUAUUUGGUGCAGGAGCAAGGUUGGUUCGACAUCCCUACUAAUUCUGUGGGUGCGCUGUGUGCACGUCUUGCUUCAGAUUGCGCAGCAGUUCAAGGCGCUACAGGCACUCGUCUUGGCACCAUGUUGCAGGGAGUCAGUACAAUGGUCCUAGGUGUCAGUCUAGCAUUGGCAUACUCCUGGAAGAUGACUCUUGUUAGCUUACUCAGUGUGCCAUGUGUCAUUGGUGGCAUAUGUCUGGAAGGUUGGAUAACGAAGAAGUCAGAAAUUAAGGAGCAACGCGCACUGGAAGGCGCGUCCAGACUGGCGACCGAAGCUGUUAUUAAUGUCCGCACAGUACAUAGCUUAGGCGUAGAGUACGCGAUCCUGCGGCGCUACCAGGAAGCGCUGGAGGCGGCGGACGCGCAGAGCGGCGGGCGCUGGGUGCGCGGCCCUGUGUACGGCCUGUGUCUCUGCGCGCCCACGCUGGGCUACGCCGUGUCGCUGGCGUACGGCGGGUACCUCAUAGCGAGGGAGGACUUGAGUUACGAAUACGCCAUAUUGGUAUCUGAAGCCUUAAUCUACGGAGCAUGGAUGUUAGCUGAAGCCCUUUCGUUUGCGCCGAACUUCGCCGCCGCUCGGCGCUCCGGAGCACGCAUCAUCCGUGCUCUACAACGCAAGCCACUUGUACAAAACGAACCAACAGCAGUUGACGAUCCGGAAUGGACAGCAACUGGAAAACUGGACUUCAAAGAUAUAGUUUUCCGCUAUCCGACCAGACCCAACGUGCCAGUGUUGAAUGGUUUAAGCCUAAACCUGCCCCCUGGCAAGACUCUGGCGCUGGUCGGACCGUCUGGCUGUGGGAAGUCCACAAUCAUGCACUUGCUGAUGAGGAAUUAUGACCCCCACCAGGGAGUUGUGAAACUAGACGAGCGUGACAUCAAACGCGACAUUUCGAUGUCCCGCCUGCGCGCCCAGCUGGGCCUGGUGCAGCAGGAGCCCGUCAUGUUCGAGCGCUCGAUCCGGGACAACAUCGCGUACGGCGACAACACACGACAAGUCACGAACGAGGAGAUCAUCGCUGCGUCGAAACUUGCAAACGUUCACACUUUCGUUGCCAGCCUACCAUUGGGCUACGAUACAGUGCUGGAAGCUGGUAGUGCUGCGCUGUCUGGAGGUCAGAAGCAAAGAGUAGCCAUCGCGAGAGCGCUGCUGAGGAAUCCGAGAGUACUCCUGCUGGAUGAGGCUACUUCUGCACUCGAUGCAGCCAGUGAGAAGGUGGUACAAGCAGCGUUAGAGGUAGCAGCUAAGGACAGGACGACUGUCAUAAUCGCCCAUCGUCUCGCUACUGUGCGCCAUGCUGACGUAAUUUGUGUUGUUGAUAAAGGCGUCAUAGCUGAAACCGGUUCUCACGAUGAAUUGGUCCGAAAACGAGGCUUAUACUGGGAAUUGUUACAACAACAAGGACCGUUAGAGGCUAACUCAUAACAGACGCCAUUUUAGUUAAUUUACGCCCUAGAUACUUUAAACUUAGCUGCUAUUGCACCACUAUUAUUGACAUACAUAAAUUGGCGCCAUUUUAAUUUAAUGUCAAAAUAAAUCUCACAAAAUGGCACUUCGUAUUUGACAAUAUUUUAUAAGGCUUUAAAAUUAAAGGUAUAUUUGUUAUAUUAUUACUUGUCUCUUUUCUUUAGUAUAGCGUUCUCUUUUUGCCAUAAUAAUGUUAUAGUAUGCAUGAUUAUCCGUCAUUGCUCAUUUUAUAACCAAUUGUACAAAAUUAAAAAAAACUUCGAAACAAUAUACUUUUAUAAUACAGAGUAAAAACAGCAAUAUAUUUAUAACAAGUCUUACGAGUGGAUAAUCUCUUAGUUUAAUUAUUGAUUAUAAACUUCUUGUCUAUUGAUGCGAAGAAAUACCUAAUUUUUGUAGAAGCUUGAUAUUUUGUGUUCAACGUGAGUUAGGUUUAGUUUUAUAUUUAUAAAUUAAAAUGUCAAAAUUUAUAAUUAAUUAAAUCUCGAAUAAUUAAACAGGCAC